GGUGGCGCCGCUGGGAAGCUUGUGGUUGGGCACCUCCAUGCUCAGUUGUGAUGGGCGGGCUCCGACCCCUAAAGGCCCCAGGUUCCACUGGCUAGCUCCUGGCUGAUUGCACCCAGAGUGGAUCCAACUCAGAAAGACACCCGCCUCUGAUCCCACCAUACCGGUGUUGUGUUGCUCGCCGCUCGCCUCAUUUCUAUCAUCGCCCCAGGUAGAACCCUAAAUCCUGGCCGGCCGGAUGUCCAUAUGCCUGUCUGUUCAUUUUGGGUGACCGUGGGUCCGUGCGCCCUACUCCUGCCGUGGCAUGUGCAGAGUUAAGGCGGGAGGAGGUUUCCCCGAAUCUGGGGAGGGGGGAGCGAGGGGCGGACCUGGUCCAGCCCCGCCCCACGCCGGAGCGGUGCGGGAGCCCCACCAGAGCCCAGCUUCAGCCCUAGUCAGAGCCAGCGUCAGCGGAGGCGGAACAGCGGACCCCGUGCCCUGGCGACAUCUGAGAUCCAGCGGGUGAAGGAAGGUCCCUGGACUGGGCAGACACACCCUUCCAGCCCUGACAGAAUCAAAAUGAGGCUUUAUCGUGUCCCCCACAGUGAGGCCCACGGCCUGAGCAGCUAGUAUGGCCCACCACUGGCAGUGAACACCAUGGCUGCGGGAGGUGGCCGAGCCUUUGCUUGGCAGGUGUUCCCCCCCAUGCCUACUUGCCGGGUCUACGGUACAGUGGCACACCAGGAUGGACACCUGCUGGUGUUGGGGGGCUGUGGCCGGGCUGGGUUACCUCUGGACACUGCUGAGACACUGGACAUGGCCUCGCACACAUGGCUAGCAUUAGCACCCCUGCCCACCGCCAGGGCUGGUGCAGCUGCUGUAGUUCUGGGUAAGCAGGUGCUAGUGGUGGGCGGUGUGGAUGAAGUCCAGAGCCCAGUAGCUGCUGUGGAGGCCUUCUUGGCUGAUGAAGGCCGCUGGGAGCGCCGGGCUACCCUCCCUCAAGCGGCCAUGGGUGUUGCGACUGUGGAGAGAGAUGGUAUGGUGUAUGCUCUGGGGGGAAUGGGUCCUGACACGGCCCCCCAGGCUCAGGUACUGGUAUAUGAGCCCCGCCGGGACUGCUGGCUUUCGCUGCCCUCCAUGCCCACACCAUGCUAUGGGGCCUCCACUUUCCUGCACAGGAACAAGAUCUAUGUCCUGGGAGGCCGCCAGGGCAAGCUCCCCGUGACUGCUUUUGAAGCUUUUGAUCUGGAGACCCGCACAUGGACCCGACACCCAAGCCUGCCCAGCCGCAGAGCUUUUGCUGGCUGUGCCAUGGCUGAAGGCAGUGUCUUUAGCCUGGGUGGUCUGCAGCAGCCAGGGCCCCACAAUUUCUACUCCCGCCCGCACUUUGUCAACACUGUGGAGAUGUUUGACCUGGAGCAUGGAUCCUGGACUAAGCUGCCUAGAGGCCUGCGGAUGAGGGAUAAGAGGGCUGACUUUGUGGUUGGCUCCCUUGGGGGCAACAUUGUGGCUAUUGGGGGCCUUGGGAACCAGCCAUGCCCUUUGGCCUCGGUGGAGAGCUUCAGUCUUUCACGGAGACGCUGGGAGGCACUGCCUGCCAUGCCUACAGCCCGAUGCUCCUGCUCCAGCCUACAGGCUGGGCCCCGACUGUUUGUUAUUGGGGGUGUGGCCCAGGGCCCAAGUCAAGCUGUGGAGGCACUGUGUCUAUGUGAUGGAGUCUGAAGACUUGGUGAGACCUGUCUACCAGAGCAGCUCAGUAUAGAAGCAGAUGAGGCUCCUUUUUACUGCUGAAGGCGCUCCCCGAGGCUCUGUAGGAUGAGGGAGGCACAGGGGAGGGCACCUGAGUUACUGCCUUAGGGACUUGGGGGGGGACCUUGUCUUUAGCACAGGAUACACAUGCUCACACAUAUUUUUAUCACCAUCCACUCACAAACCAUAGCUAGCUCCACCUAUGCCCUAGAAGUUACUAGGCCCCCUGUCAACUCUGACAAGUGAAGAACAGAACCUUAGCCUCACGGUCUACAGCUUAGGCCCCAAGAGCUGACCAGGCCCUCUCCAGUGGCCAGUCUGGAAAAGUCUGAGCUUCCAGUCUUCCUUGAGGGUCCCUGUGGACCCCAGGAGUAUUCUGAGGAUGGAAAUCACAGAAGAAAUGAAGGAGAGAAUGUGAUGGCUGGGGGGGGGGGGGGGGGUGAAGGGGGGCAGGCCAGCAGAUCCCUGGCCUUCCCAUCUGCACUAAGGCUUGUGUGACCUGGGGCAGGUCAUUUCACCUCUCUGUGCCUCAGUAUCCUCAUCUGUAAGUGGGGAUCUCUGAAACUUUCCUGCCCGACCUACCUCACAGGGCUGUUGUGAGGACCCAGGGAGUUUUGAUGUAGAAAUAAAAAUACUGCUCAAA